AUGGCGCUGAAGCUCGCGCACGCGCAUCUCAGCUACGCGCGCGACGUGCUUUCUCCGAGCUCGAGCUCGUCGUCUUCGCGCCAGACGACGUACCACGCCCUGCUUGCGGCCUUCCUGUCCCACCCGCACGGCACGCAGCCAGCCAUCUCCCUCCUCGAGCGUAUGAUGGAGGAAAAUCCCACUCUAUCCGCCGACACGCUGGACCUCGUCCUCGACUCGGGCGUGCUAGACUCUGCCGAGGGACGACGCCUCCCGACGGUAACGAACCCAACGCUUGCGCUACGCCAAGUGCGCAUACUCCUCCUCUCGGACUAUGGCCACGGACCAGCCCGAGCGCAGACGGCGCUGAAGCUAGCACACGCGCAUCUGAGCAGCUCGCGCGACGUGCCCCCUCCGAGCUCGCCCUCGUCGUCUUCGCCGCAGUCGACGUACCACGCCCUGCUGAAAGUCUUCCUCACGCACCCGUACGGCGGCCCACCAGCACUCUCCCUCCUCGACCGGAUGCUCGAAGAGUCCGUCCCCCUGACGGCCGAGAUAGCGGAGCUCGUCCUCCGCUCGGGCGUGCUCGACAGCGUCGAGCGCCUCCUCCCGCACCUCCCCAACCCGCUCCCGGCGCCGCUCCUCGCCCAAGUCCUGCACGCAAUGGUGCGCGAGACGAGCCCAUCCCAAGCACAAGUGCGGGACAUGAUCGACGCGUGCCUCGCCGUACAAGGAGACGACGCGCCGUGGCACUGGGAUCUGUGGGGGGUCUUGCUGGCCGCGUACCCCGCCUCCGACUUGCGCGGCGCGCUCGCCACGCUCACAGAGUUCAGAGGGCACGUGGUUGCCGAACAGGAGGCGCUUGGCGAAGCCUCCACCUUGUCCGACGAGCAAGUCGCGGCCGUCGUGGCCGCAUACACAACCGUGAUGAAGCUCUGGCUUCGGGCGCGGUACGCCGGCCCGUCCGCCGCGCGCGCGGCGCACGCGAGCCCGCCGUCCCGCCUCGCCGCGGACCUGGGCGACCUGCUCGGCGAGCAGCAGCCCCUCCCCGCGCCAUUCCUCAACGCGUGGCUCGCGGCCGAAGUAGCAGGGCACAACCUCGACGCCGCGGCGGGCGUGUGGACCCAGAUCAGCGGGCACAGCGUGUCGGAUAUCGUUGCCGGCUUGCAGCCACCGCGCAUGCCGGACCCGGGCAGCUAUGUGCUGCUGCUCAAGCUGCUCCGCGCCGCCCCGCCAACGACAUACGCGCACGUCGCGGAGCUCAUGCUCCAAUCACACGCGAACGCGCCCGCGGCGAACGCCCUCCUUGGCGCCAUCGCUAGGCGGGACGAUACCGCCGACAUCCCGCUCCUCCUCACGCUUGUGCGCGCGUUGCACCCGCGCAUACCGGACACGCGAACAACCGAUAUCGUCGCUUCUGGCGUCGUGCGCGCGCUCCGCGGCGCGAGGCUCGCGCGCGCGCCACUCCGCCUGCCUGGCGCGAUGCCGCCCUUCCCCGAUUCCGGGGUGGCGCAGGUGCGUUCUGGCCGCGCGGGGGUCGGCGCGGCCGGCGUGAGCAUGGACGAGUGGCGCUGGGUGUCGUCCGUGCUGGGCGCCGGCUUGCCACCACUGCCGCUGUCGCGCCCGCUCGCUGCUGUUGGCGGCGAAGCGCCACAGACGACGUCGGACGACGCGCUGGUGGUCGAGACGCACCGGCGCGUGUUUGGCGCCCAGGAGAGCGCGGCCAACGCCGCCAAGGUCCCCGCUGUGAUUGAGGCGCUUGGCCGGCUACUUGAGGUGCUCGUCGUCGCUGAUGCGCGGAGGAGCGGCGCGGAGGGGCCCGAUGACGAGGUGUUGGCCCUGGCGAUGGCGCCAGUUGAGAGGAUGUUGAGGGCGACUAGCUGGCAUCGGGACUGGCGGAAGCCGCGGGGCAGGAGGCGCGGGGCGGAGACGGAGACGGCGACGGAGGCCGAGACAGAGGCGGAGACGGAGCCCGACACGGCGACGACAACAGCAGAAGCAUCGGAGGCGAUAACCACACAAACAAUGACGACAGUAGACAAGUAG